AUGCUCGCCCUGGUGGGUUACGCGGCCAAGACCCAGCACCCCGUGAAGGCGAGCACAGGCUGCGCCAACGCGGACAUGACCGGCUGCUGGACUCUGUGCGUGCGCCCACCGAGCCUGGUACUUUUCCAGUUUUCCGCCCUGGAGCUCGGCACGCUGAACCCCGGGGCGCAGGAGUUUGUGCCCAACUUGCCGCAGAAGGCGCCCGGCGAGCUCGAGGAGAAGGCAGGGAGCAGCGAGCCCGAGGAGGCGCCGAGCGAGGCUGUGGCCUCCGGCCUCAUUGAGUUCGACUGGGACUCGUUCGUCGUUGUCGUUGGCGACGAGGACGUGCGCGCCGAGGUCGCGAGCGGCGCCGACGGCUCGGCUGCGGCGCCCAGCGAGGCCGCGGGGGUCGCCGACGGCGCCGCCGCCGUUGUGCCUCAGGUGGGGGCGGCCGCGGCGGAGAGACAGGCCUCCGUUGGCCGAGCGGCAGCAGAGUCGCCGGCGAACGCCAUCUCGUGGCUUCGAGGCGCGGGAGGAAAAGGAGGAUGCGGCCCUCCUGGCUUGGAUCUCCGAGGCGGCGCCCGCGGCAGAGGCCCCGCUGGCGGCAGCCGCGGUGGCGCCGGACCCCGCGACGGCCGCGGCGGCUCCGCCCUCCAAG